AUGAGAACGGCUCUGCCAGCAGGGCUGCUACUGGUCCUGUUCCCGAUCUUGACCUCGGGACUCAAAGUGCUUCUUUUUGUCCCGACCUUGUCCCACAGUCAUGUCUCUUUCAAUGUGAGACUUGGAGAGUCUUUGGCCAGGAAAGGACAUCAAGUGGUUGGUUCUCAGGAAGUUUCUCAUAGAACAGAAAAAUUCAGACUUUGCUACAAGCUCUCGUGGAUGACAGCGUUCAUGUCGGCAAUUCAUCAAACGUCGAGGUUAUAUAAUUUCCUAAAGAUUUUCUCACCAUAAUCUCUAAUCCGGACUAUCUAUAAUUUUUCAAGAUGCUGCGGAAAAACGUCGGCGUGGCGAGUGGAACUCUCCGCGACACUCUUUGGAGCAAUCCUGGUCCCUAUGAAGACAGUUCUCCCCUCAAUCCGAUCAUUUUCCGAAAAUUCCUGAGAGUUUCUUCGGUUUUCGUUGUUGCUUGUAGAGGUUCGGCUUAUACAAUCUGUGUGCCACGACUUGAAAUUUCACCGAACGACACUCCGCGGUUCCGCUGCGCGCCUUUGCGAACCUUGGUCGCGCUUUUAAUUUUUUUUUUAAUAAGGUACUCUACUACAUGUGAUCUCACAGCAAUAACAAUCCAUUAAAAGAGUGACCUAGAUUCGAAAGACGCUUCGCGAACGCACGCAGUGGAACAGCGGAAUGCCGUUUCGUGAAAUUUCAAGUCGUGGCACUCAGACUAUACUAUAUCCUGAAUUCUGACUUCUCUGCGUUCUGUUUUCCCUAGCAGAUGUUUUUUAAUCCUUGUAUGCCCUCGCUGCUGAGGGAAAAGAGACGCAGACAGGUCAGACUAUUUCAAGUAAUUUUUUUUCAAAAAAUGUCGGUUUUUCCAGAACUCGUCGAGGAUGUCGAGUUCUUGAGGACUUUGGCUUCUUAUGAGUUUGACGUCGGCUUGGUCGAACAGUAUGACUCGUGCGGGUUUGUGUUGUCUUUUCUUUUUCGUUUUUCAAGUUUAAAAAAUCAAUUUCUCAGAAACCUCCGGGACGAGUCCGGUUUGCGUUAACAAGAUCCGAGUAGAUCAGUGUGAACCUUAAAGAUUUCACUUUGAUCAUAAAUUUCGGGAAAAAAAACAGAAAAAAAAAAUUGGAAAAUCAAGUCAGUUUGAUUUGAAAGUAAAGUGACCAGUGACCAUUCUAUGCACUUGGGUGAUGGCUGGAUUGAAAUUGGGUAGUAAGUUUGUUUCAAACAGGAGUUGCUUCGAACAAAAAGUUAUUGAAAACCGUAGUCGCAUUGAAAAUAGAAAAGUACAUGCAUUUUUUGAAGGUUCGGCUUGUUCAAAAAGCUGAAAGUCCCAGCGACAGUGUGGCUGAGUGCAACGGCCAUUUUCCGGCCCCAGACCACCGCCAUGGGUGUCGAUUUACCCUUCAGCUACGUUCCUGGUACUUUUUGUGUUUUUUUUUCGGUAGAAGAACUUCAAAUUUCAGAACUAUUCGCUUCAUUCAGCGACGAAAUGAGUCUUCUUCAAAGGGUUGAAUAAUAAAGUUUUGCUUUACUUAUGAAAUUUUUUUUUAAGACGCAAAAUUUGCUCAUCGGGACGGUGACCAACUUUGCUUUUUCGUUCUUCUCCAGAGCGCGACAGUCGGCUCUGUUUGGAACUGGUAAUUUUUUUCAAAUAUUCUUUAUCAACUAUGAAAGUUUGAAGCUAAUUACAUAACAAAAAAGAUAUUUUAAUGUUUGAAAACAUUGGGUCUGAAGCAAAGAGUUUCUAGAUUUUACAACUUCUACUCUCCUCCAGGAGCUUGGUUCUUCAAAAAAAAAAAGUUUUUUCAAAGGAAUCGCUUUGUUAUCGAACUAUGCUCGUUUUGAAGAACAUGCCAUCUUCUUCAGACCUACUAGCCGAGUCGAGACGAUCCUCUUCAGUUUUUGUCAACUCGGCCCCCUCCUUCGACUACAGCGCACCUUUGUCGACGGAAAUCGAGCAUAUUGGAGCGGUGACAGUGGAUCGGAGUUCAGAGCCUCUUUCCUACGUGAGAAAGUUUUUCUAGACGACUUUAGCUGAGGGCGGCUGAACAGAAAUGCAUAUUUUUGGGGUGAAUUAAGUUGCAUAGUUCGUGAAAAGUAGAAGUUCAGACGAUUCUGUCGUGUUUUUACAAGUCUAGCGGUACUUUUGACUACAAAUUUUUCUCAGUUCUGGCAACAAGUGGCCGAUUCGAGUCGUCACGGCUUCGUUAUCGUCAGCUUCGGAGGAAUCGCCCGAACUGUCGAUAUGCCUUCAAUUAUGCAGGUUCUUCUUCAGCUUUCUUUGUUACUCUGUGUCUGCAAAUCAUAAGCUUUGAAAGCGGUUUCAGAUUAGCUUCAAAUUAUAACUUUAGAAAAAAAAAAUCCAAUCUAGCCUUCCCACUAUGAAAAAAAUGUAGCUAUUGAAAGUGAUGCUCAAUUUUUUCGAGGUGGACUAUUUCUACCUUUCAAAAACGAGUUUCAUCGGAAAAUAAUAAUUUUUUCAACUUUACGGAGCCCUAAGUUUUUCUCAAAGACCUCCUUGGCUACCCUGACAAUUUUAAAUCUCGAAUUCGGAAUAAACAUGGGAAACUGCAUCUAAGUUGGAUCUCGCCUGGUUAGCACAUCUAAAAUGACCUGAAAAUCUUGGCUUCUCUGCGCCUUUCUCUCUCUUACGUUUCAGUACUGUUUUUUACAUAAUUAUGAUGAUGAGAGAGAAGAGGGCGCAGAAAGGUCAGGUUGGUUCAAAUCAGAAAAAACCAUCUUCUUUCAAGGCAACUUUUAACCGUUUGUAAUGGUUGUUUAUAUCUCAUUGUGUUAAGUGAACAUGUGCUCUUGAGUGACGAAUGCCUGUGGGCGUUCGCCCCAACUUUCUUGACAACAUCACUCUGGCGUAGCGCACUGCUAGCGUGCGCUACGGAAUAAAGACUUAUAUGCCGAGUCGGGCUUGCUCCCAAAGGAAGAAUGGAAUGAUGCCGAGGAACAUCAUUUUAUCCAUUUCAUGGAGGUCCCGGGAACUUCCGCCAUGUACCAUCCGGCGGAAGAUCUACUCCAGUCUUCCUCAUAUUCCAUCUAAGAAAGCUACCUCUACUCCUUGAUUCGCUACCAGUCCAUUCAACAACUACUUCGAUGAUAUUAACUGUCGCUCGUUCUUCUGUGGCUUAUUGCGAGACCUCUACGAAGUAGCACUCGAGCAGAUGAAGAACAACUGUCUUGCGGUUCGCUGGGUUACGCAAGUAAAACUUUUUCUGCUUGAAUUAUAUAUCUCUGAUGUGCUUUAUUUAAAUUCGUUUUCUAGGGAUACACAAACAACAAUACAUGAUUCUCAAACUUAUUACAUUUGUGGUGUGAUGUAAUGGUUUAUUAAUUGUUCGGUAAGCGUGGCUGUUCAAAUAAGAAUUUCGGAUGUUGUUGAUUAAUUUGCAUUUUGACAGUUAGUGUGGUCUGUUAAAGUAUGAAUUCGUAUCACUAAGAUGUUGUAUUUUGUAAGACCUCCAUCAGAGAUUUUUCCACUCAAAAUUAUAAUUUCUAUCCUUUUCAAAUCGAAGUAGCGAGUCAAUUGUUGAGCACCGAACUCAGGCAUUCAGAGUCCGGCAUUUAUUCCAUCUUGUCUUUAUUUCACAUGUUCACUUGGACAACCAUUCUCCCAUUUCAACGAAGUCUCGGGACGAGACUUUCGGCGAACGGGGGGAUGUGAUAGUCCUCUUCUAUAUUUCCCAAUAGUAUUGAAAUGUUAGGUAUCUCCCUUUUAUCCUUCUUUUCCUAUGUCUCUCCAUAACUUUUUUCAAUUCGCUCUUAAUAUCUUACAUUUUUUUCCUUUGCUUCGGGGACGAAGCAUCUUCCGUAAUCGGAGGGGAUGUAAUGGUUGUUUAUAUCUCAUUGUGUUAAGUGAACAUGUGCUCUUGAGUGACGAAUGCCUGUGGGCGUUCGCCCCAACUUUCUUGACAACAUCACUCUGGCGUAGCGCACUGCUAGCGUGCGCUACGGAAUAAAGACUUAUAUGCCGAGUCGGGCUUGCUCCCAAAGGAAGAAUGGAAUGAUGCCGAGGAACAUCAUUUUAUCCAUUUCACGUUCUAAAGAAAAAUAAAGCUCUCAAGGCAAGUUAGCUUGAAAAAAAUACCGGAUUCUAUAGAUUUUUCCUAUUGAAACCUGUCUUUAGAAAAUAUUGUUCUCCUCCUUCGCCCGAUUCGCGCAAGUCACGUUCAUCGUCAAAUUUGAAAGCUCCAACACAACUUUUGCGUUGCACGACAACGUGGUGACGGCCGCAUGGAUCCCGCAACUCCAACUCAUGCGUAAUAAUUAAUGAAGCAAGAUUUCCAAGUAGAACUCUCCGCAGAGCAUGAGAACUACCGAGCAAUCUUCACGCACGGAGGCUGGAGCAGCAUUUUGGAGACGGUGAUGCAUGGACGGCCCAUGAUUCUGAUGCCGUUGUUCGCAGGUUGGAGUGGAGUUUUUUCAAUUGUUUUUUUAGACUGUUGCGUUUUUAUCAGAAUCGAUCUUCAAAAAAAAAAAAAAUGAAUAUCAUUGUUUGGCUCAGAUCACGCCAAGAACGCCAGAGUUGCUGAAUCGAAAGGUGUGGCUGUGGUUCUGGACAAAAUGAGGCUUAAUCAGAAGACCAUCAUAGAGGCUCUUCAUCGGAUUCUAUUCGAAGAGAGGUUAGUCAAGGAUCUAUCGCGGAUUUUUCAAUUUUCUUCUGAGCUGCCAAGUUUCCAUGAUUUGAUUCCCAGCAGGAUCGAUUUACAAAAAAACUUGGUGGUAUGAAAAAAACACCAGCGAAAAUUCAAAUGGCGACUUUUCCGAUUUUUUCAUAUCGCUAGGGAACUUUCCGACGACCACCUUUCCGACGAAUCCCUUUUCGACUUUUUCUGGAUAAAAUAUUCGUUUUAAAUUUCCUAUAUAAAGUAGGUAGUUGGUUCAUGAUUAAAAACACAAAAAAAUAGGGUAAUAAAAAUAUGUAAAUAGAUGUCUUAUAAACCGAAAAAAAUAUAAGGGAAAAAAAGUCGGAAAAAAAUUUUCGUCGGAAAGGUGGCCGUCGGAAAGUUCCCUAGCGAUAUGAAAAAAAUCGGAAAAAGUCGCCGUUUGAAUUUUCGCUGGUGUUUUUUUCAUACCACCAAAAAACUUGAUAAUGAGAAAAAUUAUAACCGACUUACCCGUUGAAAAAUUUGAAAAAUUUUGGAGAUAGGAUAAUUUAUUUUAACUACAGCCAAGUUGAGGAAAUGUCUUACCGUUUUUUGUUCCACCCGUCAUUUAAAAGUCUGAAAUGGGUUUGGAUCAACAAUUCUUGAUAUUUCCUAGACUCACAGUUCAAAUACAACUCAAAAAAAUUUUCAAUAUUAUCAAAAAGUUUCCGUUUUUAGCUACACAAGGAACGCUGAGAAACACAGCAAAAUGCUGUCCGACCGGCCAGUUUCCUACGACGAUUCAAUCGGAUUUCGUGUCAGGACCGCCGUCAAGAAUUCUUUCCAACGAUUCCGCAAGAAAUACGGCCUCGCACAACGACAGAAUCGUUAUUCCAUUGUUUCUCCUGGUUCUGCUGAGUUGUUAGCUCUUUUUGCCAUUUUCAUCUUUAUUUCUUCCCAUUAAUCAGUUUUUUUCUUCGUAGAAUUUACUCACAGAUCUCAUUCUUCGUCCUUGUUUCCUUUGUUAUUUUUUAAAUUAAUAAUUGUACAGAACUUUGUUUCAUAAUGAAAAAAAGAAAAUCAAAUCCGGACAUUGGUUCUGCGUCUACCGCAAGUGUUACGUGUAGAAACCGUUAUCACUGUUUUUAUCAGUUGUCCUCUUCUACGGAGCUGCCGCGUUCGGACAACGACUCCUUAACGCAGAACCCAUGAACUUAUUUCUGGUGUUUAUCGUCAGUUUAGUCGUGACAGGUGAUUUAUCUUAAAUUUUGAAGCUUAUACACCUUAAGGUAUUGUGCAAGCUCCCCUAUUUGUUAUUAAAAACAAACUUGUGAGGUUUUCAUCGCUUAUUACUUUCGCCUUCUCACGUAUCCCUCAAAUUUGUCUCUGAAUUUCGUUUUUUUUUUUUCACCAAUGAAUUAAGAUUUUUGAAUGAAAUUUUUUUUAUUAAUUUAAGACUUGGAAUCUGACAGCUUAUCAAAGCUUUUCAUGAACUUUUUUAUAUUUUAUGAAAAUUUGAAGCGUGGUUCAAGAUUUUAUUUGAAUAAAUUUUGGAAAUUUGACAGAUUUUCAAGGUUGUAAUUUUUUGCGCGGGUGGGUGCAGGAUUGCGUCGUUCUGCAACUUAGUGUAUUUUAACCUCGGAUUGAAACUUUCGAUUCAAAAUACCUUUUUCUUUUGAUUUUUUUUCAAAGCAUAUCAUCAAAAUGAAAAUAAGUAUUGUUCCUUUGUUAUUAAUUUGCUAUGAAGUAGUUGACAAAUGAUGAAAAAAUUAAAAAAAAAACGUUAGAAAAUGGAUAGCUUCAAAACAGAUCCGUUCAGAAAAAUGUCACGCAGCAGCACACGAGCCGUUUUCGAAGCCGGUAGAUGUGUCUCCGGAAAAUAUGAGAAAGACUGUGCCUAUCGAUGAGAACAAAACAAGGUGUCAUUUUAUUUAUUUAUUUACUUUGUCCCACUUAUGCACAAAUAUACUGUACAGAAAAGAGAUUAUUUGAGUGGGAAGAUCCUAUUUUAAAAGGAUAAAUUCAGACUUUUAAUCGUGGACUACUCGUUCCGAGCCGAAUCUGUGAUCUACGACGUUCUGGAUCACAAAGAAGACAGUCCUUCUAAGGUCAUUUCUGGGAAUUUCUCAUUUGAAACGCUGCACCAUGACAUGGAGGGCAGUAUGUUGGCGAGGAUAUCGGUUGAUUUUUUGAUUUUUUCAGUAGAUAACUAAAUUUUUUGAGCUUACUCAAUGCAACACUGGGAAUUGCGGAACGGUUCCACCUGUUUUUGUAUCCUUUCGGCAAGGAGGCAACAACGUUGAAGAAGUUUUGGUCGACCUGAGGUUGGUUGAUUGGUUCAAUCGAUAGAUAUGCCGCUGAUUCAAAUCCGUGUUAGUUCUUCUUAAGACGACUUGAGAGAAAAAAAAAGUGAAAAAUUUUAGUUUGAGUUUUUUCGACAUACUUUUUCACUCAUCAAUCGAACAAUUCCGCAUCAGAGUAUACCACAGCGUUUUUUUGAUGACGCCCCGCUCAUAUUUUUACAUUUUGUUUCGUAUAAUGUAGUGUGUCGUGUGCAUGCAUCGCGGCGCUCUCGCACAUGCAACGCUCAAAGUAAUUUUCGCGAAAUUAAAAAUCAUAUCUGAAUUUCUGAAAUUCAAUUAUAUUUUCUCACUCUCUGGUGGCUAUUUUGAAUUUUGCGGAAUUACUUUCAACCCGGAAUGUGUUGAUUCAAAAAUUAAAAAAAAUUAAACAGAAAAAGCGCGUUUUUUUUUGAAGGAGAAAUAGAUUCGUCUCAUGACCUAUUGAUGAUUAAUAUUACCUGUUGUUUACGCUCAGAGACUACAAAGACUACAAACCGACGUGGAACUUUAUUUACGGAAUCAUCAACACGAUUUACACCCCUGCAGAGUACGGCGAAGGAGAUGAACAAGUCGUCGUGAGUCAAUCCGAAUUCUCGACCCUUUCCAUGUCUGAAAUGUUCAGAACACUGUUUAUGGCAGAUGUCGGACACAGUUCGGCCGUCCUGAGGACAAAAGGUUCCGUCGCAAAAUCAACACUUGCCAGUUGGGCUAUAAUCAGUUGAGAGCUCUUGGAAAAAUUCAACCAGUGGGCAUUUUUCAGAAAUUUCACUCGUUUCCAAGGUCUAGAAGUAGUUGAUUACGACCAGGAUGUAUGGUACACGUGGGUUUUGAUUUUUUUUGUUUUCUCUCUUGGAUCGCCAAAGUGGUCCCUGAAGUGGUUACUUUGUAGUUUCUCCCCAAGAAACGAUCUUACCUCUCCCUAAAAGGGGCGUUAGAAUCGUAAAAGUGACCACUAAAGGGGCCACUCUAGACGAGCAUGUGAGUCGUUUAUUGGCAUGAACUCUAUGAGAAUAAAUGUUCAAGGGGAAAGUUUUAAUUAGCUGGGAAAACUUUUAGUGGCCCCUAUAGAGGCUUCUCAAGGACUACUUGGAGAAGGCACUAAAGUGGCCACUAUAAAGGCUUUCUGUUUAGCGGCCAUUUCAGUAGUUUUUUAUCCAGUAUUCCUUCCAGUAACUCUGAUGAUUUCAAAACAAAGAUUGGACUAGUUAUGUUGACCUACUGACCCCUAAAGUGACCACUACUGUUUUUAGUGGUCUAGUAGUAGCACUUAGACCUCUAUAGCGGCCACUAAAUUUUAACCCCCUAGGUAGCCACUAAUUUGACUAUUAUAGUGGCCACUAAAACGUCGAAACCUUAUAGUGGCCACUAACAAUUUUCCUAGUGAAAAUUGAUUUUGCGAUGGAACUCUUAUCAAUUAUCUUCUUCUUCUUCUUCUUCUUCCUACGCCUUUGUACCGCUUGAGCGGCGUCGGCGCCCCAAGUCGAUUAGCCGAGGUCCUAUCCUGAUGAUAAUCAGUGGACUGGCUCCAGUGACAUAUCCGUCCUUGUGUGUGACGGCUGGGGAUUUUGAAGUCGUGGUUUCCCACUACCAACAUUUCUUAAACCCCUUGGUUGGGUCGGGGCGGGGAUCGAACUUGUGACCCUGUGGACCGUAGACAGGCACACAACCUGUUGCGCUACGGCGCGCCCCUGAACUCUUAUCAAUUAUGAAACUUAGAAUUUCUCAGUGAAAGAUUUUCAGACAAAACACGAAAGUCGACGCUGAUAUAGUCAUGAUUGACGCCAUCGAAUCUUUGUCCUUCCGGACUCCUUUUGAAGGAAACCAUGGCUUCCAAGUUGAAAGCAGGUUUGAAGGAGAAGAUCCUUGUUUCUUGUAAAAGUUUUCUAUCGGGGUGUUUAUUCAUCUUGGAAUUUAUGAAAAUAUAAUUCUGCGAGUUCAUCUCAAAAAUCCUUGUGUUUCUUGAAAAAAUUCGAGAAUUUCAAACAUGCAGCCGAUCUAGUUGAAAACGGUUUCACGGUCCUUCUGCGCAUAGUUAAUCCAGUUAAGCCUUGAAGAGCUCACAAUGUAGCGAAUACUGUAGCUGGAGCUCUUAGACCUUCUUGGUUCAAGCUUCGAAUGAGAGGGGGGGAUUGUUCAAGCUUUAUAAUUGAAGAAGCCAAUUACAGAAGUCUUCUGACGGAUUUAUGAAUAUUUUCAGAACCCACGUUGAAAUCACCAACCGAACGAGACUUUUCGUCGACAAGCACUGUCCCACGGAAACCACCGCCGCCGAAUGCGCCAGGUCUAAAUUCGGAGCCACGACCGUCGGAAUGAAGCUCUACGAACACGUCAAGUUCGCCCAAGAUCCCUCAAAGGGAAAAGUAAUUUCAUUGAAAUAUUCCCGCUCAACGUAAUCUCCUUGAAGUUGACCAAUCUUCUGGAAAAGUACCGCGAGCAUCUGCACGACAUGGGCGACGCUCACAUGUGCGAAGAUCAUUCUUCUCUUUUCGCCGACAUCGUUCAGGCAGCUCGGACAGCUCCACGGGAAGAGUGGGAGCACGUCAUCAGGAAGCCAGAGAAUGAGCCUAUCUUGUGAAUAAUCCUAAUUUUUGAUAAUGUCUUUUAAAAGUUCUUUGAUAGAGUUCGGGGAAAGUACUCAGAAACUCGUUUUUGGUGUUGAUUUUGGUCACGCAUGCGUCUUCAAAAACUCCUGAAAAUAUGAUUUUCCGAAUUUUCGCUCAUUCAAGAUAGCUUCUGCGUUUUUCAAUAGUCUUCUCUUCGAAAAAAAAGAGAGCUAUAGCUGAUUUUUUUAAUUCAUCUAGUUUGAGUUUUUUUUUUAGGAAAAAUUCCUCUUUCAUGUUUUUUUCUGACCGCUCUGACUCUGUCCCAGCAGAGUGUCGUUCGGAAAUUUGAAGCGAUUUUUUAUUUGAAUAGUUUAGGAUUUUUUUCUUGUUUUUUUGAUUGCCUUUUUGGAAAAAAAUGCCCACGUAUCAAAAAAAGAUGAUUUUGGAAGUAGUAAAGGCAUAGUAGGAAAAAUUUUUUUUUGUCGUUAGUUUUUGAUUUUUUUAGUUUUUCCACUCAAAUUCAAAUGUUUGAAAAAAAUUUUUUUAUUUGCUUUUGAAACCCGUUUCUGAAACAACCAGAUUAGCCAUUAUUAUCCUUAUUCUUUAUAAAUAUCGCUUGAAGCCGAUAAGCGAAAUUGAAUUAAUUUUUUUUAGAUAUUUCAAAAUAACUUUGCGUUAAAUUUGAGAAGAAAAAUAACCUCAUCCAUUUCAGACCUCUGAUUUCGAACGCUCUCGGAGGCGUCGGUGACGUCAUUUCUGUCCAAAUUGCUCGUGAAGUUCUCCUCGUCGAGGCUCCAGACGCCCUGGACGACUUCCUUUUUGGCGUCGCUCAUUCAUCUUCCAUCAAUGAGAAGUGGCACAAACAGCUAAUGGUCUGGAAAAUGAGUAAAUCGAAAAAUAAAAGGGAAUUUCAGUACUGGCUCGCGGCGCUCGAAGAAAAUGGGGAAGAGUAUUGGAAAGUGGCCAAUACUCUGGCGACAGUUCUAAGAAGACGCUGUGAGGCUUCAGUUAGCAGUAACAACGCUUGUACUAAAGAGAAAGAUUUGGUUCGUUUUCCCAUAGUUCGCUCAAAGCUUUGCUUUGCCUAGAAACGUCAGAGUGGUCACUAGAGAGGUUAUAGGGAGAACAGCCCCUAUAGUUGACAGAAUAGUGGAAAAAACUAGAAAUUGAAACUAGCGAAGAUUUUAAGACAAUGUAAUUAGCCAGUAAUUUGAAUAAUUUUUCAGGUCGUUAAAAAGUUCGUGACAGAUUUGACUUCCGUCGCCAAAACUGAUGAAAAAACGCUGAAAGUCCUUGAAGUUCUUUUCAACUUGCCGACGACCUCGUGAGUCCUAUUACUGGUAAAAAAAAAGAAGCGAGAGAGAUGCCAGAGAAAGAGAGAAGAACCGAUUGUCUGGUGUCUCUUCCACUUGCAGAAUUAGCUGAACAGACAUAAGUUUGGCUGAAGCGAGAGCAACAUAGCCUGAAGAGACGUUAGAGAAAAAAAUUAGGAUUUUCUGGUGUCUCUCCAGUUUUCUGUUUCUCUCUUACCGUGUCAAUUUUUUUUUUCUAGAUAAUCAAUAAGAAAUUUUUGUCCCUUCUUUUCGAAUGAGACUUUCAGGUAAAUGGAAAAAACCGAAAAUCCAUUUAAAAAUUUCCUAUCAGACUAUUAGAUUAUAACCAAUAUGGUAGGGCCGUCAAAAAUCAGAAACAAGAGAACUAGGCGGCCUGAAGAGACGUCAGAGAAAGAGAUGUCUUAAUAAUAAUUUAUUGACAGAUCAGCGUGAACCCUAACGAGUUCACUUGGAUCUAGAAUUUGAGAGAAUACAUUAUACAGUUAUACAUCAUUUGAGUCGUGGAGGAAUAGACAAGAAGAUCUCGUGCAAUGGUAGAUUGACCAGUAAAUUUUUUAAAGACUUGGGGUGGUGGCUGAAUUGAAAUUUGGAAGUGAGUUUGUUCCGAGUAGGAAUUGUUUUAAAGAAAAAAUCAUUAGAAAAAAGUCUUGUUUUGUCUGCUGCCUCUUCUCUCGCCCUUUCUUUUUCUAUUCUCCGUAAAUUUGAAUUUAUUUUUCAAGAAGCUUCGAGUUCGCAAAAAACCAUGUCUGUGGCUCGUCCAGCUCCGCCGUUCAAACUUCGGCGUUGAAGUUGAUUCGUCGAUCUGAUCCUCAUUUCUAUGAGUCUCAGGUGAGCUUUAUUGGGCGGUGGAAUGGCUAAAAGCGUCGCGGUCGCGUUGCGGCUCCGCUAGCGUUUUUUAAAAGUGUUUUAUAAAAAAUUUAUUGAUAGCCAAUAGAACGCUUUUUCAUUGAUAAGUUUCAGAAUACCAAAAACUUGUUCCUAUAACAAUUUUUUCCAUUUUUCUGAGAAGUUCCGACAAAUAACGCAACUGUGAAUAUGCAACCUUACACAUUUUUUAAAAUUGAUAUGUUCCUUCGCAAGUCGGUUUGGGUCGGUCGCGCUUAAAAGUAGCCUCUCCGUAUAGAGCCAUUCCAAAUGCGGUCAUGGAUUUUAAUUUUUAUAAAAACUAAUACCUAAAUAAAGUUUAGCUCAUUCAAAAACUCAUCAAAGUGUUCCGAAACACUUGUUCUCGGGAAUCGACGACUUCUGAAUCUCAAAUCGCCAUCGACAUUUUACUCAGGUUUUCUUAUUUCGAAAGCUAUCAAGAUAAGUAUAACUUAAAGAUGUCUUCCUGAACACCAAAACGUGGCUACCUGGAUUUUGAGGUCGGAAAAUCUCAUUCCUGAUGACCAGGAGAAGUGGCAGUACCUGUACAAGGCGAUUCAUGCUUCUGGGCAAAAAGAUGAACUGGUAUUUUUUUAACGUUUCAAGGCGUCUUUAAAUGGUGUGAUCACAGCGUCCUAAUUUUAAUUUGUUUUUCAACAUUCACAAAAAUUCAGCCGCUUUAUGAUGACUACUUUUGAUUCACUGGUGUGUGGAAUUUUUUUUUUCCCGAUAGUUUAGACAUUUCAACAUUUUGUGAAUACAUAAUGCUUCUGAAAAAAAAGAAUGUGCCCAGUUUUCAAGUUUUGAACUUAAAAUCUGGCCAGUCGAUGUAUAUUUUCAUUCAUUUUUCCUCAAGUUUUCCACAGGAAAAAAUAUCUCUUUGAAUUUUGUUAGAAAUUGUUUUCGUGACUUUUUUUCAAUCGAUUUGAGCUCAAAUUGGGAGUUUUUGAACUGAAGUUUGGUCAUAAAUCACUAAAUUUUUUUUUGACUACCUAUUUUUUUAUUUUUUUCUUACUUUCAAGGCUUUCAUAACACUAGGUAUCGUUUUUAUCUAUUAUUUUUAGACCGGAGGAAUUUAAAAAAAUCAAAUUUGCCACCCAUUUUCUGAAGCAACACAACUGAAUUGAGAGAAAAAUUGAAUAAUGAUCUUUUAAAGUUUCAGAAAUAUUUAAAAAGGUAGACUCCGCAGUAAUUUUGUCCCAAGUCCCCAGCAAGAUAUUCAGAAAGAAGAGCUUUGGAAACGGAUGCGCCAAUUCAAAGUCUUCAGGCCAAAUUAUCUCCACAGAUCGCUUUCGGCCGAUUCUUAUGCUCAUUGGCAACAAAUUUUUGGUUCUAGAAAAUCAUCUUUCUUUGACUGAGUAACGGAAAGUUUCCAGAAGCUUCCGGCUUCAAAAUAUUCUCCUCAUCGGCUGCUGAAUUUGCUGGACCUUCAUUCAAAAGAUCCGAUUUCGAGUUCAGCGUCAAAAAGAACAAACUCGAGGAGAAUUUGUUCUCGGUAUGUAAUAGAAGAGAUGUCUAAAACAGAAAAUAUCGUUCAAUAUAAAAAAAUUUUUUUCAAUUAGUUGUCAGAAUCAUCUUCAACGUUCUGAUAAUGUUCAGGCGAUUGAAAAAUUUAAUUUUUAAUUUUUUCGAUUUUCCCCUUGAAUUCGAAUUCUUCAUUUUCUACUUCACUACAGAUCAUAAAAGCUUGAAGAAGAAAGUUCAGUAUCAAUAAUGAUCAAGAAUAAACUUUUGAAUUUUUGGUUAUUCCUGUCCCUAACUUUUUAGGACCCUUUUCUUCUGAUGUGUUAUUCUGGAGCUUUUUCGCUAGAUUCUAUGAAUUCGCCUGAUAUUUUGAAUAUUUUCUCAGCUGUCGGUAGUAUCAAACGGCCUGGAGCAGUUCGUUUCCGAGGGAGCUCAUCAGAAAAAUGUCGAUCCGGAGGCGAGUUGCCGAUUGGCCCUUCUUGGUCAUGCCCUACCGGCGGUCACCUUGUUCAAGGUAUGUUUAAAAAUCUAUUUUCCGUUCAGAGAUCUUUUCACUCCUUCUAGGGCAACAGCGAUAUGCUGUCUGCUGUUUGGAACGCCGAUGGGCAGACCCUCAAGGCUUUUGAGGUAAUUGUUGCGACAUUGUCCGUUUCUUUGCGACAUGCAAGUGUCUGCGUCUCUCUGUUCCCUCACCGGCGAGGUCAGAGGAACAUGAAAAUCGCUCGCCGAGAUGAGAAAAUCGCCGAAAGACUAGGAGGGCCCAGAGAAGCCUCCUUGAGUCGCGAAAAAUGAAUAUAUGAGUCCGAAACCUCUUUUUCCCAAAGCUCUGAAAAAAGCUACCAAGAGAUAUGUAAAUUUUCCAGCUCAAAAGAUUCUUUCUUGUUCAAAAUUAUUCAACGAAAUUCAAAAUAGCCGUCAGAAAGAAGAAAAUAAUCAAACUCUGAAGGGUCAGAAAAAAUUAUGAACUUCACGGAAGUUACUCCGAAUCUGCUCUUCAUGAGCGCACACUUAUAUAGUCAAUGUUUCCCGACUUGAAAGGCGAGGGAGGCGUGGCAAGGGGCGGGACGCGUAGCGUGUGCGUACGCGGUUCUUGGCACGUGUUCAAUUCAACCGCUAGCGAGCAUUCAGAGAGCUUAUUUAUCGCUCUUUUUCACUUUUUUUAAAAAAAUUAUUUAUUGAUUAUGUUCAUGUGUGCAUCAAAAAAAUAGAAGAAAAAUACAAAAAAAGAGCGGUUGCCGAGCUUUUUUUGAAUAGUCGGCGGCGAUUGAAUUGAACUGGCGCCAAGAACCGCGUACGCACACGCUACGCGUCCCGCCCCUUGCCCCGCCUCCCUCGCCUUUCAAGUCUGGAAACAUUGACUAUAAAAAAAUAGCAGAAUAAUUCUCUUCCAUCAUUAAGUGUUCACUUAAGGGUCAUUUGCCUCUGAGAGACACCCAAAUCGCUCUCCCACUUCUCUCCGGACUUACAGUGGACGUCGAAUCUCGCGGCGCGGCUUUUUUCCGAAUUCUCGGCGCCGCUGAAGUCUCGCUCUGGAACAGGGACUCUGCUGCUGCCAUCUACGCGAAGUUAGUUAUUGAAACUAUUAUAGUCAAAACUGCUGUACUAUCGAAUAUUUGAAGAGACUUUUGUCGGUUCUUUUUCACAAAGAAUGGCUCUGAUACCAUCUUUUUCUCAAGACCCUAUAAACGCUGAAUAUUAAAUUAUCAAACUUUCCUGACUUUUGAGCAGUAGUACCGUAGUAACUUAUCGCGGUUUUUGACGGGAAAUCGAAAUUUAAAUGCAAGUCGGCUUUUUUAAAGCUCUUUUUGCUUGUUUCCAAAAAUGUUUAGAUCAUUUUUCUGAGAUUGAAAGCGGCUUUUUUAGUUGGAUUCAACAAACUGUGAAAGUUGAUUUUCACCAUAUUUUUUCAAACUCGCGUUUAUAUAUUUUUUUUCUGUCUGUGGAAGCUUUUUGGUCAUUUUUUGUUCCUCGUUGUACACGAACUUGUCUGAUUAACUAAAAUAUUACAAAAAAAAUUUUUUGCCUCAUUUACGCUUGCGUUUGAACUUGUAGCUCCCGUCAAAACCCGCGUCGCGACCGCAACUAGUCACUAUAGUGUAUCUGCACCUUUCCAGUCUACAAAAUUGUGAUAGAAAACUAGAUUUUCAGCAUUUCGACGACCCUAGCCGUGACGGCGACCUUGUCCCAUCACGCGGUUCCGAUCCGCAGGGUCGCCUCCCAAUUUUCGGCCUUGACGACGAUUUCCAGCCACACCGACGUCGACUUCAGCUCCAUGCCGUACAACUUCUGUCUGACUUCCGAACAAGGAGACAUCGCCACAAAGUUUAGAAGGAUUUGUUGAGUUUCUGAAGAAGGCAUUUCCAGAGCGACGACGGUUGUUGAGGACAUCAGCCGCCCGCGGAAGAAGAAGACGUGGACUCGUCGGAGGACGUGGCCCGCCUUCACCCAUCGACUCGACGACACUACCCUUCGGCAAUGUAACAAAUAUGCCCUUCAGGCCCAGUAG